GUCAAGUGGGGGGGGGGGGACUCCAUAUUUCCAGUGGCUUUACUUCUGGCACCUGGCCUGGACAAUGGAGUCGAACCAAGACAACCCGAGUCGGGCUGUGGAGUACCUCUUGGAACUCAAUAACAUAAUUGAGAACCAGGCCAAACUUCUAGAGACGCAAAGGAGGCGCAUAGAGGAGCUCGAGACACAGCUCGAUCGGGUCAACCAAGAGAACCAGGACCUUCGCUUAAAACCUGGUGAUGAUAACACUACACAGAACCACAAUUACGAGCAGAAGUCAAAGUCCAGCGGGCCCUCGUCGUUGACCAAUCACAAUGCCACCGGUGCCCCCCAUAUCAACAGCAGUAAUCUACCAUCAUCCACGGUUCCUGGCCCGGCACGGAGGACUCACACCAGGCUGAGUCGUGGCCUAUCAUGCGGUUCUGCACCUGUGGAGGAAGAAAGAGGGAAGCUGGAGAGAAAUGAUAGCAGUGGCACAAAUAGCAUGUCUACUCUACGGAGACACGUUGAUGAGGAGACUCAGGCUUCAGAAUCGGACCCAUUCUUAGACAGCACUAAAAGUCCUUACCAGCACCACUCUGACUGCUACCGUGAGGGUAGCUGUGGCCCACCAGGCCCUCGGGGGCCUGUCGUGCCCCCUCCCAGCCCGGCUAGCCUUACAUGGGCUCAGCGCACACGCAACCAGCCGGCAAGUCUGGCGUUACGCAAGCAGGAGGAAGAGGAGAACAAGAGGUGCAAAGCUCUAUCGGACAGCUAUGAGCUCUCAACAGACCUCCAGGAUAAGAAGGUGGAAAUGCUGGAGAGGAAGUACGGCGGCUAUUUCCUAAGCAGACGUGCGGCCCGAACUAUCCAGACUGCCUUCCGGCAAUAUCGCAUGAACAAGAACUUUGAACGCCUACGCAGCUCAGCCUCUGAAAGCCGCAUGACCCGGCGCAUCAUCUUGUCCAACAUGCGCAUGCAGUACUCAUUUGAUGACCGCCAGCCUCAGGCACAGCCUCAGACCUGCUACACUCCAGGAAUGGGGCCUCCACAUUUACCAGACAUGGAGCAUGGCUCUUCUGCCAGCCCGGAGUAUACCCAUUUGGAGGACUCAUUCUCCAGACAGGUAAAGUCCUUGGCUGACUCGAUCGAUGAUGCACUGACAUGCCGUCCAGGCAGAGACGAUUCCCAGGACGGCCUCGGGGACUCCAGUGGAGCAGUGGAUGACUUUGGCGAGUGUAUCUGGAGCAGCAACAGUCACCCAUCCCUCCGUCGAGGUCUAGCCGAUCGGGAUCGGGGUGGACCUGGAGGCUUGAGCAUGCAUGAGGACAGCACUGCUACUUCAUACAGUGAUGUCACACUUUACAUGGACGACGGCCUACCUUCAUCGCCACUUUCUCUGGACCGGGCACCAAGCAGCACAGACACAGAGUUCUGGGGGGGCAUGGCUGGCGGGGUUGGGGGGCGAGAAGAUAGCCGGGACACGGAAGGAGGCGGUAGUAGCAACAGCCGGCGCAGCACACCAUGCACCGAGUGUAGGGAUUACCGUCUCCGAGGGGCGCACCUGCCCCUGCUUACCAUUGAGCCACCCAGUGACAGCUCGGUGGACAUGAGCGACCGCUCUGAUCGCGGUUCUCUCAGCAGGCAACUAGUGUUUGAGCAGGACUCAAGUGCAGGCUCACCCCAAGGCACGCUCAAGCAUAACCCUAAUGCCAAAGCUCAAGGCCAGGCACGUCCCAUUAACCGCCCAAUAGCAACACACCUUCCGCAACACGUGACUCACCACCACCAUCAUCACCACCAUCACCAGUAUCCAGACACCCCAUCGUCUUCGUCCUCCCCACAACAGCCCCCGACCACACCACUGUCGUCCUCCUCUUCUGCACCACUGGCCUCUGAAAGCCUGAAUCAGCAGUGCUGCUCAGACGGUGAUAACGACUCAUUGAACUCCACAACGAACUCCAAUGAAACCAUUAAUUGCAGCUCAGGAUCAUCAUCCAGAGACAGUCUACGGGAGCCACUGCCCCCUCUGGGCAAGCAGACCUAUCAGAGGGAGAGCCGCCAUAGCUGGGACUCACCCGCCUUUAACAAUGAUGUCGCACAGAGAAGGCAGUACCGAAUCGGACUUAACCUCUUUAACAAGAAACCAGAGAAGGGCAUCCAGUACCUGAUAGAGCAUGGCUUUGUGUCAGACACACCCGUUGGCAUCGCCCGCUUUAUCCUAGAGAGGAAGGGCUUAAGCCGGCAGAUGAUUGGGGAGUUUCUGGGCAACAGACAAAAGCAGUUCAACAAGGAUGUACUUGACUGUGUGGUAGAUGAGAUGGAUUUUUCUGGAAUGGAUUUAGAUGAUGCACUAAGGAAGUUUCAAGCUCAGAUCAAAGUCCAAGGAGAGGCCCAAAAAGUGGAACGACUUAUUGAAGCUUUCAGUCAGAGGUAUUGUGUGUGUAACCCAGUACUGAUACGCCAGUUCCAGAAUCCUGACACCAUCUUCAUCCUGGCUUUUGCUAUUAUCCUCCUGAACACUGACAUGUACAGCCCCAGUGUUAAACCAGACAGAAAGAUGAAGCUGGAGGACUUUAUUAAAAACCUGCGAGGAGUUGAUAAUGGACAGGAUAUCCCACGCGACCUGCUGGUGGGGAUCUACCAGCGCAUUCAGAAAUGGGAACUUAGAACCAAUGAUGAUCAUGUCUCCCAGGUUCAGGCUGUGGAAAGAGCCAUCGUAGGCAAGAAACCAGUCUUGUCUCUUCCACAUCGCAGGCUGGUGUGCUGCUGCCAGCUCUACGAGGUCCCCGACCCCAACCGACCUCAGCGCAUUGGUGUCCACCAAAGAGAGGUCUUCCUCUUUAAUGACCUGCUGGUGGUAACAAAGAUCUUCCAGAAGAAGAAAACCUCCGUGACAUACAGUUUCCGACAAUCAUUUGCUUUGGUGGAGAUGCAAGUUCACAUGUUCCAGAACUCCUAUUACCCACAUGGUAUCAGGCUAACAUCUGCAAUUCCGGGUGGUGAGCGUAAGGUGCUGAUCGUGUUCAACGCCCCGAGUCAGCAGGACCGAACACGGUUUGUUAGUGACCUGAGAGAGAGCAUCGCUGAGGUGCAGGAGAUGGAGAAAUACAGGGUGGAGUCGGAGCUGGAGAAGCAGAAAGGUGUCUUGCGGCCCAGUCUGAUAAACAGCAGUGUGGUGGGUGCAGGUGUGGGAGGAGUUAAGAACGAAGUGGUGAACGGCUCUAUUGGAGGACCGAGUCUGGAUGACAACUAUUUGCCUAGUGAGGGCCUGAAACGCACUGCUCUCAGCUCCUCACUGAGGGACCUGUCUGAUUCAGGGAAACGUGGUCGCAGAAACAGCGUUGGUUCCCUUGACAGUACAAUGGAACAGUCCACAGCCUCACCAACGUUACCCAGUAGCCACUGCACUGUCGGGAUGCUAUGGAACCGAAGAUUACCGGCCUCACCGCCCCAUCCUGAGCCCCGGAGUGGGGGUGGGGGGUGGGCCGGGGCAGCAACACACCACGGCACCCGUGCCCUCUGGCACUGUGCCGGCUUCCAGCAGCAGCAGCAGCAGCGAGAAAGGGGGUACCAGUGGAACAACGACCAGCGCCACUUCCUUCCUGGGAUCGCUGUUUGGGACGAAGCGGGUGGCCAAAACGCCAGGCCCAAUCACCCAGUCGGGGCCACCUUACCCCGCCCCUACUGUGCCCCCUCUGCCCCCGCCGCUUACCCCUUUAACCCUGUGCCCACAAGAGUCAGGUGGCACUGCCAAGAUCCAGUACUGCCACACCAUGGCUGCGGGCAUGGCUGGGCAUCCUCCACCCCCCUACUGCCACCCGCACCAACGAUGCUUUUACGCUGGCCCGCCUCGACAGCAUGCCACGCUUCAGCGGGUCACAUUGCCACGCCGACCAACACACAACCCCUCCCCCUACAUGCCACCGCUCUCCCAACAUGCUUUGCAGGGUCGCUACGGGAGUUCGGGCAGUGGGAGCUCGGGCAGCGGGGGCUUGACCUGCGUCCCACCUCUCCCCCUUUCUCCUCACUCCCCACUAUCCCAACUCCCACCGUUUACCCUGUGCCACGUGCAGCUCACACACUCAGCCAGAGGGGGCGCCAUAGUGGGCAAAACGCCACUGGCCCUGUCUCACUCUCAGCCACACCCGCACCAGCACGUACACUCCCACGGGCAUACGCCCCUCCCCCCGUCCCAUCCGCAACACUUCGUGUUCGCCAGCCCCCCACCACCGCCCUUUCCAGCGCCCACUCCGCCAGCCCUGCCAGCCUCCGGGCAGCCCGCCGCUGCCCAGCACGUGUCGCCGGCCGGCCCGUAUCCGCCCCCGUAUCCUCCAAUGUCCUCCAUACCGCCUCCCCCACCCCACUCCCCUUUACCCCCCCCUUCCUCCCCCCUUACCCCUCUUAUGCCUCUCUCCCCUCUCCCCCCCCAGCACCCCGCCCCGCCACCGCCACAGGCUACGGCACCAUCGCCAGGUCAAACUGGCACAGCCGACAGGGCCAAAUCCAAACCUUCCAGCCGGAUCAGCACGGUAGUAUAAACAGGGGAAGGCCAAAGGUGCGAUCCUGGGGCUCGCUACGAGGCCCACUAAUGGUGGGAGGAGGAACUGCGGAGAGAUUGGAAGACAUGGGAGGCGGAAGUCGCGCCAGGACGGAAGGCAGCAAGAAGAAACGCAACCUGUUAAGACUCUGUUACUUUCACUUGCGUUUCCCGCAAGUAUAGAGGGACACGGGACAACAGAGACAAGUUAGAGCACAUAAAUAAGUGCACUCUUAUGUUUUAGGGCCAUCAUACAUAGAAUGCCACUUAAGAAAAGGCAGAACUGUCUAAUUGCAAGUGUGGAUGUUACUGACUCAGUGCCAAAAAAUGAAUUUUUCUCUCUUAUAUAACAUUAAUGAAAAUGUUAGCACUUAAAGUUAUUAAAGACAUGCAUGUAUUCACAAAGAAACACGCACACAGACUGACAUUCGCUCACAAUUCUGACUGACUGACCUUGCACAGAGAGUGCAUAAAUACCUACAGCCAUACGAGAAUGCGUUCUCAGUCGGUUCUUACAUCAGAAGAAGAGCUUGUGUUAAUUUCUUUAUUGAUAAAGAAAUGAAACUGGACCCUGUAGAUCAGGGAAAGCACACCUACAGUGCUGAGUCUUUAUCCUAUAUAAGGCAUACAGUGUGCAUCCAUCCUGUAUUAUAGAACAAGACGUGUCUCAAGCAUUACAGUGAGAAGAACUGUACGCAAUAAUCAAUCUAUGAAUUUUUUGAUGUUUUCGCUUCUUGCUCAGAUGAACGGUUAGUCUUGAACUUUUACAGGAUGAGAGAAAGAUGCAUGUUUAAAGAGAGCAUAUGGAAUUUAAGAGAAAUACUUUACUGAUUUCACAGAGCACUUUCCUUAACUCCGCAUAAUACUUUGGCUAAUACAAUGAAGCACUAAUGAUUCUGUGUGAAGAAAAAAUAAGAUAUUGGCCUAAUACAGUGGUACCUUGGAACUCAACGUCCCCUAAACUCUAAGUCUUUGAAACUCAACACCCUACGUCGAGAAAUUUGUACCCUUAAACUCAACGUUUCCUUUAAACGUUUGUUUUUAAAAAUGUAUUUAUUUCAUUUCAAAUAAACAAUGAACAGCCGCUUUGCUCAGCACUCAGCUUGACCGGUGCGGUAAUACGUUAGCAAUAGGGGUGUAACGAUACACUCUGCUCUCGAUUCGAUUCGAUUCACGAUUCUGAGUUCACGAUUCGAUUUUCUCACGAUUUUUUCUGAAGUGUAAACAGUGCAAAACAAUGCACAUUUUCUUGUACAUUUUUAAGCAAAAAAAAAACUUCAGUCCCCUGCAAUUAAAGGUAAUUACAAAGAACAGAGUACUUUACUGUAACCUACUAACAGGUUUACCAAAUUUUAAAU